UAUUGAGAGGUUGGGAAUACUGAACUAACCUCAAUAAAUUCUUUUUUUUCGUCACAUUAGAUUGAAUUGAAUUUUAUUGAGGAGUUCACAAUGAAUAUUAUUACUUACUGAUUAAAACUAUUACCAAGACAAAUGGAACCUACUCAGUAUUCUAUGGAUGAGAGAACAAACAUUUCUACUGAUAAAUCUAUUCAAGCUCUUGCAGAGGAAGGAGGAAGUUGUCAAACAUGUAAGGUUGAGACUGAAGAUAUAGAUGUUGUUGAAGAAUUUAUUGAUGGAAGUAAAGUCUAUAGCAGAGAAGUAUUCAUAGCCAAAAUUGAAAGUAAUGUUAACUCCAGUAACUCAUCUAAACGAAGGAAGAGAAAAGGUGAAAAUAUUAAAAAUUUUCAAUUAACCUCCGAACAUAAAAUUAAUGGUGAAAUUGUUGAUUCACAGCAACAAGUUUGUCAAUUUUGUGAUUUUUCUUCUCAAAAUAAAUACAAGCUCAAAGUUCAUUUGAAUACAGUUCAUUUGAAUUCCAAUCCAUAUAAGUGUCAUAUAUGUGAUUUUGUUACGAAUUGGAAAAAUAACCUGAAAAAACAUGUAGAUUUUGUUCAUUUCAAUAUAAGGCAACAUAAGUGCAAAAUAUGUGAUUAUGCUACAAAUCAGAGAUCUCAUCUGAAGUCGCAUGUUGAUUCUGUUCAUUCGAAUUUAAAAGAACAUAAGUGUGUAUUAUGUGAUUAUGCUACAAAUAAUAAAUCUCAUCUGAAGUCACAUAUAGAUUUUGUUCAUUUGAAUUUGAAGCCACACAGGUGCACAAUGUGUGAUUAUGUCACCAAUCGGAAAGGUUAUCUUAAAACACAUGUAGAUUCUGUUCAUUUGAAAUUGAAUCCAUAUAAAUGUAGAAUAUGUGAUUAUGCUACAACUCAGAAAACUCAUCUGAAAACACAUGUAAAUUCUAUUCAUUUGAAUAAAAAGCAACAUAAGUGUGACAUAUGUGAUUAUGCUACAAAUAAUAAAUCUCAUCUAAAAACACAUGUAAAUGCUGUGCAUUUGAACUUGAAGCCACUUAAAUGCAAAAAGUGUGAUUAUGUAACAAAUCAGAAUUAUUUUCUGAAAGUACAUGUUGAUUCUGUUCAUUUGAAUUUGAAGCAGCAUAAGUGUCACCUAUGUGAUUUUGCUACAAAUCUUAAAGGUUGUCUGAAGACACAUAUAGAUGCUGUUCAUUUGAAUUUGAAACGACACAAGUGCAAAAUAUGUGAUUAUGCUACGAAUCAGAAAUGUUCCCUCAAAUUACAUGUAAAAUCUAUUCAUUUGAAUUUGAAACGGCAUAUUUGUGAUUUAUGUGAUUAUGCCUCAAAUACAAAAUCUAAUCUGAAGACACACGUAGAUUCUGUACAUUUGAAUCUGUAGCAUUAUAGGUAUCAUAUUUGCGGAUUAUACAACAAAUUAGAAAAAUCGUCUAGAAUCACAUAUAGAAUCUAUUCAUUUAAUUUCAAAGCAACAUAAGUGUCGCUUAUGUGAGUUUGCUUCAAUUCGGCAAUCUCACCUAAAAAGACACAUAGAUUCUGUUCAUUGAAUUUGAAGCCUUAAAAUGGCCACAUUUGUGAUUAUGCUACAAAUAAUAAAUCUGAAAACACAUAUAGAUUAUGUUCAUUUCAAUUUGAAGAGAUAUAAGCGCAAAAUGUGUAAUUAUGCUACAAAUCGGAAAUCUGAUCUAGAAUCACAAAAAUUCUUUUCAUUCAAAUGCACAUAAGUGUGACAAAUAAGUACUUCUUCUAAAAACACAUCUAGAUUCUCUUAUUCAAUUUGAAGCAACUUGAAUGUUUUUUUUUUGUGAAAUAUUAUAUGAAUAUAUACUUGACCUAUAUUUUUCUAUGUAUUUUUCUAUUUUUACUAUAUUUUAUUAUUAAAAUUGAUAUCUUGAGGGUAUAGUUUAUCAUCUUCAAUAAUAUUUUAUUUAUAUAUGAUUAUCUUCUAAUAAUAUUUUAUUAUGCUGUUUAUCAAUAAUUUCACAAAAAGAAAAAAUAUCGGAAAAUCGGAUUUUCGAUCUGAAAUUACAUAUCAAAUCUGUUUAUUUCAAUAUGAAACGUAAUUUGAAUUUUGGUCUCUAAAAGUU